CCUCUACACUCGAAGCAGCGAUGGGAAAGAGCCUGGGCUUAGCCGAGGGCCAUACGGUUUCGCAUCAUCCGACAUUUGACCAUCACAAUCUCAAAGAGAGCGACAAACACAACGAACGAAUUGAAGUGCGAGUGGGGUCGUCUGCAAGUGAUUCAAGAGCAGGAUCUAUCUCUGACCUGAAAUCCCAAACGAAACGUCAGCGGCUGCGUGCACAAGUACAAUUUGCGACAAUCUGUGGGUCGAUGUACCUAGCCGGAUGGAAUGAUGGGACAACCGGUCCAUUGCUCCCCCGUAUACAGAAAGUGUAUGGCUUGAAUUUCAUUGUCGUAUCCUUGAUAUUUGUGUUCGCAUGUGUUGGUUUCCUAUCUGGAGCAUUCGCAAACCUAUAUCUAGACGGCAGAUUCGGUUUCGGAAAGGUUAUAGCAUACGCCAUAGAAGCGAGUGCCUUGCCAUUUCCUGCAUUCGUGCUAGGUUACGCCAUCAAUGGCUUUGGACUGGCUCUACAGUUCACACAAUCGAAUGGUUUUGUGGCUAGUCUCAAGGAUAACCCCGAGGUGAAAAUGGGGAUCCUCCAUGCAGUAAGUGCUGGCGCUUUGUCGUCUCCUUUGGCAGCAACACAAUUUGCUCAGCUUCCGCAUUGGUCAUUUCACUACCUGUGCAGCCUUGGUAUUGCGUUCAUAAACACUGUAUUGUUGAUUACAGUCUUUGGGCUGAAAACACAGGAUGAGUGCCUCGCUCAGAUUGGACAGCCAGCAGGCGAAAAGGGAACGAGUGAAAAGAGCCAGUUUAGUCAGAUAUUGCGGCUCAGAGAAGUGCACCUCCUCGCCUUCUUCAUUUUGAUAUAUGUUGGAGUGGAGGUCACUGUGGGCGGCUGGAUGGUGACGUACAUAAUCGACGUGCGCGGAGGAGGUCCAAGUUCGGGAUAUAUAUCAUCAGGGUUUUUCGGAGGUAUCAUGAUUGGACGUGUCGGUCUUUUGUGGGUGAACAAAAAGGUUGGGGAACGUCGCGUUGUGUUCAUUUACGCCAUCCUGGCAAUUGGGCUGGAGCUAAUAGUAUGGCUGGUGCCUUCGAUCAUUGGUGGAGGCGUUGCGAUCUCCAUAAUUGGCUUGAUUUUUGGGCCGAUGUAUCCCAUCGCUAUGAUGCACGCGGUACGAAUUCUCCCUGAGUGGCUCGUCACAGGUAAUUUCACGUUUAGGUCAAUUAGCUGGAUAGCAGGUUUCGGGCAGGCAGGUUCUGCGCUCUUGCCAUUCUUAAACGGUGCCAUUGCAACGAAGACGGGAAUCAAGAGUUUACAGCCAUUUCUCAUUUCGAUGAUGGUGUUAAUGAUCGUCUUAUGGGCUUUGGUGCCGGGAACUGCUAGGAGAACUCGAUGAUAUAUGGUCCGUUGGCUAUCUUUCACCUAUGUGCCCAGACUCGAGCUCCAAUCAUUCGGCAGUUAUCCUUCAUCCACAUUUGUCUUAGAUAAUCGAGUCGA